UUAAUGCCCACGGUAGUGUGGACGGGGCCAGAGGAGGAUGGGUCCAGCUGUGGACGUUCAGGCAGCAAAAGCCAUGGAGGCAGAGCAAAAUCAGCAAAAGCAGCUCCAGCAGAGCUACAUGGAGAAAGGGGUGAUGCUUGAGCCCUUCCUACACCAGGUGGGGGGGCACUGCUGUGUGCUGCGCCUCGGGGAGCAGACCAUCUGCAAACCCCUCAUCACACGGGAGCAUCAGUUCUACGAGAGUGUGCCUGCUGAAUUGAGGAAGUUUAUCCCCCAGUAUAGAGGUAAUGCAAGCCAUGCUAAGAUGUGUUGUUGUUGCUGUUGUUGUGGUGCUUUGGUGUGUUGCAAUGCAUCUUGCUGUCCUUGUGCCCCUGCUCUAUGUGGAGGGAAAUUAUGUUUUGCAAGCUUUUUGUAAAAUGGAGAUUUUGAGAUUUUCAGGAAACAUGGUGUUGUUUUUAGUGCCAGCAGCAUGUGCACAAGUGUGCCACAGGAGGGUGCUGCAGCUGAGCUUCAAACUGUCCACUGUUGUGAUGUCAUGUGUGUACCAGGCUGUACUAACACAGGGGUGGUGUCAGUCAGCUUCGAGGAGGAUGAGGAAGGGAACCUUUGCUUCAUUGCUUACCCCCUUCAGAGUGACCCGGCACCUGAUCUGGAGAACAAAGACCCCUCAGCCGACAUACAUUUGGGGAUGCUUAUAUGGGAGAAAAUGAUAGCAUCCUCGUCACUUGUGGACAGUGAAAAUUACAGCAAAGAUGGCCGAUGCCGCCUCUCUUGUAGUGACAAGGACAAAAGCGAUCAGAGGCUGAAGGAGAAGAUCGAGGUGCUCUGCUACAGACUGGACAGCAGUCACAGUAAUGCCGUACCGCAGCACACACACAACCCCUGGACACACACAAGGAAACAUCACCAGCUGCAGAAGUUGCAGCAGAGCGACAUGCACCGCAACAAAUACAAAUCCAUCCUGCUGGAGAACCUGACGUGGCGGCACACUUUACCGUGUGUGUUGGACCUGAAGAUGGGCAUACAGCAGCAUGGAGACGAUGUCACCGAGGAAAAAAAGGCCAGGAAGAUUUACAAGUGUCAGCAGAGCACAGUGUCCCAGUUAGGAGUCGUCCUCUCUGGCAUGCAGGUGUACCGGUGUGACACGGGUCAGCUGAUGUUCAUGAACAAAUUCCACGGCCGCAGCUUGACGGUGCCGGGCUUCAAGGAGGCUUUGCUCCAGUUCUUCCACAGCGGACAGCGUCUGCGGCGUGAACUCCUCUCCCCCGUCAUACAAAGGCUCCGAGAGCUGCAAGCCGCCCUGGAAACCUGUGAAUCCUACCGCUUCUACUCCAGCUCCUUGCUCAUCAUCUACGACGGAGCGCCCCAGCCAAAGCACGCUGAGGACGGCCUCUCUGAAGAAGAGGAUGAGGACGAGGAGGUGGAACCAGACAUGGAGGAAGAGAAGAGGGAAGGUGAAGCAGCAGGUGCAUUCGGUAUCCCACGCAGACCCUCCACGUCUAGCGAUGGCAGCAUCAGGGACGGGAGCUUGUGUGUGGGCCACUCAGAGCCCCGGAGCCCCAUGGUGGAGGUGAGAAUGAUAGAUUUUGCCCACACCACCUGCAGCCAUUACCAGGGGGACAGCGUGGUGUACGAGGGCCUGGACAGCGGCUACAUCUUCGGCCUCCAGAACUUGAUCACCAUCAUCUCCGAGCUGGAGAACACCAGCACAGACUGAUGAGACAACACACAGGAAAACGAGGAGGACUGGACUACAGAGGUGGAGAGAGAUUUCUCCUCUUAAAUUAACAUCCUAUUGUAGCAGACAUUUUAUUGGACCUCCUGUUUUUGCUCUUGGUGCUCCUCAAUGUUCCUGUUGUAUGUUUCCAUUUUUGGGAUAUGAAAAAGAAAUGCACUUAACAUAGACAAACCAUCUGUGUGAACAAUGCAGUGAUUUACUGUGUCGUCUAAUUCAGUUUGGGACAAAAGUGUAGGCAACAUUAAAAGCAGAUAGGAGUCUCAGGAGAGAGGAAACGUUUUUGUUGUGUCGGAUCCAAAGAAAGCAUUUAGCACAAAAACACUUUAUGAUGAAGAAGGACUUGAAGGAGUGUGUUUGUUGCCUUUUAAUUCUGCCAUCCUCUUUUCCCAGUUCGUCUUGACUCAAAGAGAUUAUUUUAGGUAUAAGGGAAAGAUGAUAUAAAAGUUUCAUAAAAUAAAUAGAAAGUCUAAAAAAAAAACGCGUACUACAUUCCAUGUCGUUCAAUGUCAUAAUAAUAAUAUUGAUUAAUAUUGUUACUUGACAUGUUUGGAUACCUCUAUCUUGUAUGUGUGGGCUGUAAGGGAAGAAAAUAAAGGCUUCAAGUCAA